AUGUCUACUUCUGCUACUCAUGAACAAGACGCUUCCAAUGCUCCCAUUAACCCUAGUGAGAUUCUCGAAGUCACUCCUCUGCAGAUGGUAACCCCUUUCGAUCUCGUGACAAAACGACCCAGAAUAAUGCAUGCACGAAGAGCCAAAGAGAUUACAAGAAGACCUAUGAAUCCUAACUCUGGUCAGACUUCUCAAUCAUCUAUUCCUUCCUCCAGGGAAGAGCCAACCAAAGAAGGCUCAAGGUCUAAUCACAUCGCUAUUGUCAAAAUAGUUACCGAAAUCCUAAAUGAGGGCAACAUUUCAUCCAAGAUCCCUGGUUUUGAGAAUCCUGUGCUUCCUAAGUCAAAUGUAAUUGGGCAUGUUAGUGACACCGCUGACAUCUAUGACCCAACAAAUGAUGAAAUUAAUGAGAAUGUGCAUGUGAGUGACAAGAAAAGAAAUGAUGUUAGUAUUGAUAACAUUGAAAUUCCUGAUGGUGCUGAACACAAUGAAGAGAUCCCCAUCAAUGUUUCUACUAACACGUGUGUAAAUCACACUAAAAAAGGCCAAACUGAAGAAAAAGAAUCAGAGAAAACUCAGACUGACAAAGUAAUCAACCUUGAUGAUCUCUCUGAUGAUGAACUAGUUGCUUCCAUCAAUCCAAGCAUAGCCAGAAGGCUAAUGAGGAGGAAAGGAAAGCAAGCUGUAGCUGAGGUCUCUCCAAAAAAGAAGGCAGUGGCUAAGUCCGUUUCUGUUGGACCAAAGAAGGCAUGGAGCAAAGUGGUGCCUAAGAAGAGAAAGGCCAGAAGCAGCUCUGAGAAUGAGUCAGAUUUUGAUGUUGCUGCAGAUGUCAAUGACAUUCAUCCCAAGAAGAAGGUCUCUACUAGCAAGCUGGCUGCUAGUGUUCCUGAAGUACCUAUUGAUAACAUUUCCUUUCACUAUCCCUCUAGUGUACUCAGAUGGAAAUUUGUCUAUCAGAAAAGACAUGCCUUAGAGAGAGAACUUGCUCAGAAUUUUCUUGAGUAUGAUGAGAUUAUGAAUCUUAUUCAUGAGGCUAGACUAAUGAAGACUGUGACUCAUCUCUCUAAGUGUUAUGAUGUCCUGGUGAAGGAGUUCAUUGUGAAUCUUCAUGAAAACUGUGGCAAUAAGGAAACUGAGGAGUAUUUAAAAGUGUUUGUUAGAGGAAAUGUAUUAACUUCUCACCCACUGUGA